GCUGGCUGCUGCUCUUGCUGCUGUUGCCUGGCUCGCUGCUCCUGGGCGGCCUCUUGGGCUGGUGGCCCCUCUGCCCCCCUUCCCUGGGUCCUGGGCCUUGAUGCACAGCCCCCUUUCCCCCCCAGCCCUGCCCCACCGGAGAGAGGCCUUCUUCCAAGGGGGAGCCCAGCAGGAUGGAGCCAGCCUUCUGCUGCUGCCCCUGCCGCCUCCUGUGAAGCCCGGGAGGAGGACCAGGGCCAUGAUGAUGAUGGAGGACAAGAAGACCAGCGGGCCUUUCCAGCGGAGCUGCCCAGAAUCCGGGGGGCCCGGAGGGGCCCAGCUGGAGGCCAAGAUCCAGGCGGCGGUGGAGUUCAAGGCCGAAGGGGCCCGAUGCUACAAGCAGAAGAAAUUCCGAGAGGCCAUCGGCAAGUACCACCGGGCUCUUCUGCAGCUCAAGGGGCUGCUGGCAGGAGAGGAGUCCUCGGGCGGCGAUCGCGAUGGGGCGGCAGGGACAGCAGCAUCAGGGCCAUCCUCAGCAGCAUCCUCCUCCUCCUCCGAGAAGCAAAACAGCCUGCUGCUGGGCGAAGGGUCCGGGGGAUGCUGCUACCGCUGGCGGAGGCUCUCCGAGGAGCAGAGGGCGCUGGUGGAGAGCACCGAGAUCGAGUGCUACAACAGCCUGACCGCCUGCCUGCUGCAGUCAGAGCUGGUGAACUAUGAGCGUGUGCGGGAGUAUUGCCUCAAGGUGCUUGCCAAGGAGAAGAGUAAUUUCAAAGCCAUGUACCGGGCAGGCAUUGCCUUCUACCAUCUGGGGGAUUACAACAACGCCUUGCUCUAUUUGAAAGAGGCCAAGAACCGUGAACCUACAGACACCAAUGUCCUGCGCUACAUCCAGCUAACCGAGAUCAAGAUCAGCCGCUGCAACCAGCGGGACAAGGAGGUGAUCGCAUAGCAGCGUCGGACCUGCCUUGCCAGAGCUCUUCCUCUACCCCACCCUGCCCCCAUGUCAAUGACAGACAGCGCCUUCUACAUGUGGUGCCAACAGUGCCCAGAAUCCGCCCACCGCCCUCCAUGCUCCAGGAAGAUGCCAUCAGGUGCCCACCAUGUCCUGGCAGAUGCCACAGCCAGAGAGCUUCCAGCUGAGAGCAAUGCUGCUCUCCAAAGACAGUAUGGCCCCUGGUCCUCUCGGCUGUGGGACGUGAUAAUGUAGCAUUUUGCCAAAACA